AUGCACAGACAGCCCACUUUGGAUGCCAGACAGGGCUACAACGAUGAUAGAACGAAACCAAUUCGUGUGAGGGGCAAACAGCAGAAGAUGGAUGAAGCAGAUCUUAAGCUUCGAAUUCGACGGUCGCCGCGUGACAUUUACCAUGCUUGGAACUUCGAGUUCGAUGAGCUUAAUGCUCCCAAUAACAGCAGCUUGUGGAAAAAGCACUUCGUGCGACCGCCUCAUGAAUUGCUUAUCUGCGCAAUUCCGUACAUGUCAGACAUAUCGUCAGCAAAGCGUAAAAAAGGUUUUGUGGUCGGGGCAAGAUUAUUAUCAGCUAUCAUCAUUGUGAAUGGGUCGAGUACCGUCUUUGUGGAUUCUCACCCUUAA